CAGUGUGCUUGUUUCUUAUAUUCACCCACUCCAACUUCUAACUUUUAAAUAUGUACCGAUUUAUUAUUUUCUUCUCCUUACUAGCAUUGACAGCUUCAAAAGUUUCCGAACCUGAAAAAGACGAUGAAAUCGCCGUGAAGAUUCCAACAAAACGGUCAGUCUCCGAACCACCAAAGGAUGACGAUAUCGCCGUCAAGAUCCCAAUGAGGAAGAAACGCGGAAUUGCUAUUCACCCAUGGCAAUGGGAAUCACAUCUCUGGCCAAACGCUGAAGUACCUUAUGAUAUUGCUUCUCACUACACUGCAACUGAAAGAGGAAUAAUUCUAUCUGCAAUGGAAGCAUUCAGAGAUGUCACUUGUGUUCGGUUCCGUCCACGUCGUUCUACUGAUAAGCAUUAUCUCCAAAUAAACAAGCAUUAUCAGCUCGAACGAUGCUUCUCCUAUAUUGGUCGUCAAAGCAGUCGCUGGCUCUUCGGAACUCGUGAUGGAAAAGUUGAAACCCGCAUGAAGCUUGAUCCUUCCUGCCUUCUCUACAAUGGACGGGGAACUGUAAUGCAUGAGUUGAUGCACAUUCUCGGAUUCUACCACGAGCAUCAGAGAGACGAUCGUGACCGCCGUAUUGGAGGAUCAGCAUCUCAUUACAACUUCAAGAUCUAUCAACGUGCCAAGUCGUACUACAUGGGCGGUUACGAUGCCAAUUCGAUUAUGCACUACAACUUUGGAAGUGUACCAUGGCAAAAGAGAGAUUACUUCUCUCCAUCUGAUAUUCGUAACAUCAAUACUCUCUACAAGUGCAACAAUCGGGUGGUCAGCAAAUUUCCCUCAACUAUUCCAUCUACUUCUACGACAACUACGAAAGCGCCGCAAUUCGAAUUGUUCGAAAAGAAGCAAAUCGAGUCGAACAGUUUGUUUCGUAGAAGACGUUCCUAAUUAAUUGAUCAAGUUCAUAAUUAUUAUUUUUCAAUUUUUCCCCAUCAUCUCUUUCCUUUGCUCUUAUUUGUAUCCGAUCUUUGUGCUUCAACACGUGCUUCGCUUACGAUUCUUGACGAUCUCAAACGUUUUUUGUUUUUAUGUAUGGAUUAAUAUUUAUUUAAUAUAAUAAAUUGGUUAAAUUAAUAAAA